UGUGGACAUUUUAGUAGGCAUUUUGUCGUUUGUAUCUCCCCUUUUGUAUAUUUCUCCCUUAUGGGCAUUUUACUACGUGGGCGUUUUGUCGCCUAUUUGGUUAGUGGGCGUUUUGUCGUUCGCUUUUUCUUCCCUUUUGUAUUCUUCCGCAUGGACAUUUUGCAGUGUAGGCGUUUUGUCGUCGGCUUUUUCCCCUUUACUGUUUGCCUGUCUGUCAUCUUCCCUUUUUUACUCUCGCGCUUUUCAAACGUAAAAUAUUAUAAAAUUUACUUCUUUUAUUUACUCUUUUCUCUCUAUACGUUUGUGUGUACGCGUUUUAUUGCUUUUAUAUGUACCAGUCGUUAA